ACAAAUUAAAGAAACAAACAAAUUGUAGCACUCAGUCGGAAUUCCAGUUUGAUAUUAUUAGACUGAGUGAAAUUUACUGUGGUGACUCAGAGAUUAACAAUCACCCUGAUAGGGAUCGCACAGUAUUUCUAGCAGCUCGCCAUCGCUGACAUAGCGAAGGUGGCAGCUAGAAGUGAGAGACGUAGCUACCGGUGGUUCACCAAGCUCUUAUUAGGGACCAUGUCCAUGCUGAAUGGUUGGUGUCGACCAGCCUGCUGGCUGGUGAUAGUGUUAGCUUGGUGCAAUGUAUCACCUGCUCUGAGUGCCUGCACGUUUGGUGUAGACAACCCAGCCGCUGCGGGAUGCGUUCAUUAUGAUCUGAGCGCUCUGCAGAAUCCCAAAGGUUACCCAGCUGCUGAUGAGGACCACGCAAACGUCUCGUAUGUUUUGAACGUUUGCGGUAACUUGGAUGCUAGCUCUCUUCCGUCGGGUUGUGCAGCUCUACCGGCCUCUCCGGCGUAUCAGCUGUAUUUCGGAGACUGCUACUACUUGGCUCAGCUGAACAGCUCUCUUGUGUACCCAGUGGAUCCAUCCAAUGCUACGGCUGGUGUUCGUGUUGUAUACUACAAUGGAGCCAAUCAUUCCUAUCAACAUCAGGACAGGGAGAUCAUGGACUAUGGUAGUAUUGGCAUUGGUGAUUCUAAACAAGGAAAGCCUUUGCCGAAAGAACUGCAUGACAUCGUUUCCAAUCGUCGCUCUCUCAUCAUGGAUUUCAUCUGUGACCCGAGUGCUGGGGUUGGUCAGCCGGAGGAGGCACACGAGUGGCCCAACUAUGUCUACAGAGCAACAUGGCGGUCUGCUCAUGCCUGUCCCGUGAGUACUUCUACAACUGCAUGUCCUGCGCCUCCGUUUGAAGCAAACUGGCAGAGCUUGUCAUUCCGCCCUCGGCCAUCUUGGUUUGAUGACGUGAAGUUCGGCAUAUUCAUUCAUUGGGGUAUGUUCAGUGUCCCAUCAUUCAGAAGUGAGUGGUACUGGAGAGAUCUAAUGGAUGGUAACGCAGAGAUCGUCAAAUUCCACAACCGAGUGUAUGGCUGUUCAGGUGUGCAGCCGAACAAGUUUCCCUGCACUGGGGAGGAAUUCACCUACUAUGACUUUGCACCGAUGUUCAAUGCUGAGCUGUAUGACCCGGACGCAUGGGCGACGCUGUUCAAGAAUUCCGGUGCAAAAUAUGUUGUACUGACCUCCAAGCAUCACGAAGGCUGGUGUAACUUCCCAAGUGCUCAACAUUGGAACUGGAACAGCAUGGACACUGGUCCUCAUCGUGAUCUUGUUGGAGAGCUGACAGACAGUGUGAGAGCAGCAGGGCUACACAUGGGUCUAUAUCACAGCAUGAGAGAGUGGUACAACCCUCUCUUCCUGGAGGACAACGAGAACAACUGCACAGAUCCGAAAUUUGUGGACCAAGUUCUGAUGCCAACUCUGAAGGACAUGACAACUAGAUACAAGCCGGAAGUCAUCUGGGCUGACGGUGCUUCUGGUGAUAAUCCCUGCUCAUCUGAUUCGGUUAAAUACUGGAAAGCACCAGAAUUUAUCAGCUGGUUGUACAAUGAAAGUCCUGUCAAGGAUACUGUGCUGGUGAACAGUCGCUGGGGAUCUGGAAGUGGUGGGGAUUACAGUACCGGACCUGAUCGAUGGACGCCUGGAAAGAAGGUGGCCAGCAAAUGGGAGAGCUGCUUCACCAUUCAACAGGGCUCUUGGGGCUUUGACCGAACAGAGGGAAUUGAGUCUUUCUACAAUGCGACCGGUUUGAUCUAUCAGCUGGUGGACACAGUCAGCUGCAAUGGAAAUCUGCUCUUGAAUGUUGGACCCACCGCAGAUGGACGCUUGGUGCCUGCUUUCGAGGAUCGGCUGUUGCAGAUGGGAGACUGGUUGAAGGUAAAUGGUGAUGCAAUCUAUGGGACCAAGCCAUGGAUAGCUCAGAACGAUACCGUCGCUGGUCGUAUAUGGUACACACAAUCCAAGGCUACUGGAGAUGUGUAUGCGAUUUCCUUUGAUUGGCCUAAGCAGGUGAGUGGUGGCAAGCCGGGUGAUCUAGUGCUGACUCAAAUCAAGAAUGCUCCCAGCACAGUGUCCGUGCAGAUGAUGGGCAUGUCAGGCAAGCUGACAGCAAGUCAAGCUGCAGAUGGUUUUCACAUUACAGUACCGGAUGUGGACACUAUUCGUCUGCCAUGUCAGCAUGCCUGGGUGUUCGUCAUCACUGGUCUGCCUCAGUGAUGCUUAUGGAUAGCAGAUCAAGCCUGACCAACUAACAUAUUCGCCGGGCACAUAGAGAUCAGCAAAACCUCUGUACCGGCGAUGACAAGCUUCGUAUCCUUUAGUUGUAAUUGUUUUCGUCAUGUCCUUGCUCUUGACAAGUGAUUUCUUUCUAGUUCUGAUGCCAACAUACUAGCAUGAAAAGACAAUAAUGCAUGUACUCGUCGUCCUUUGUAUUGCUGCGUGCUGGAGCACGGAACGGCUGUGAUUCUGGCAUUGCAUUGACAAUAAUCCCCAUACA